AUGUUUGGGGCACUUGUUACGCAAAUAUUUGUCUAUACGAUCAAAUUUAUGACUGGAUAUCAGCGGCCUGCGUGCGCAGCUCCGUUGGAGCAGUCCCCAUCGCCAUCACCAGCGUUAGCUUGUCUCUAUCGAAACCCGAACGAUCUUCGCUAUGCUUCGCUAUCAUUCCCGUCACUACAUGCUGCCUUUUCGUCCUUCUCUUGCACAUUCGCUUCAUGUUAUAUUUAUUACAUGAUCAGCUUACGUGGCGCGCCGUUGCUGAGACCAUUUUUAAUAUUUGGAUUUAUGGGAUUAACGCUGGUUGACUCAUUCUCACGCAUAACUGGUUAUAAAAAUCACUGGAGGGACAUAUGGGUCGGAUGGCUUCUUGGUUUCUUCGUUGCAUUAUUCCUGGUGAAUUUCUGGUCCCAUUUAUUUUUGUGA